AGCCAAGAGGGCAGUUGGUGAGUCAGAGGAGAAAGCUGCACCGCUUGGCCAGCAGUGAACCUCUCUCAAGCAGUGGGGAAGCCUAAGCCAUUCACAAGGUCUUCCACUUCAGCACGAUGACACUGCCCAAAAAAGUGAGGCCACUGCUGUUGUUCCUGGUUUCCCAGAUGGCCCUCUUAGCUCUAGUCAUCCAUCUAUACAGCCACAACCUCAACUCCCUGUGUAGGAGGGAGGAGCCCAAGCCCAUGCACGUGCUGGUCCUGUCUUCCUGGCGCUCUGGCUCUUCUUUCGUGGGGCAGCUUUUCGGGCAGCACCCAGAUGUCUUCUAUCUGAUGGAGCCUGCCUGGCACAUCUGGAUGACCUUCUCUCAAAGCACCCCCUGGAGGCUGCACAUGGCAGUGCGGGAUCUGAUCCGGGCCAUCUUUCUGUGUGACAUGAGCGUCUUUGAUGCCUACAUGAAACCUGGUCCCAGAACACAGUCCAGCCUCUUCCAGUGGGACAGCAGCAGGGCCCUGUGCACCCCGCCUGCCUGCAACGUCUUCCCGCGGGGUACGAUCACAUCCCAGGCUCACUGCAAGCUCCUGUGCAGUAAGCAGCCCUUUGAGGUGGUGGGAAGGGCCUGCCGCAACUACAGCCACGUGGUGCUCAAGGAGGUGCGUUUCUUCAACCUGCAGGUGCUCUAUCCACUGCUGACGGAUCCCUCCCUUAAUCUGCACAUCGUGCACCUGGUCCGGGACCCCCGGGCGGUGUUCCGUUCCCGAGAACGCACCAAGAAAGAGCUCAUGAUUGACAGUCGAAUUGUGAUGGGGCAGGAGGGGCAGAAACUCACGAAGGAGGAGCAACCCUACUAUGUGAUGCAGGCCAUCUGCCACAGCCAGCUGGAGAUCCACAAGGCUGUGCAGUCCUUGCCUAGCGCCCUGAGGCGGCGCUACCUGCUCAUGCGCUAUGAGGACCUGGUCCGAGACCCCCUGGCCCAAACCGCCCGAAUGUACGAAUACGCAGGGUUGAAAUUCUUGCCCCAGCUCCAGACCUGGGUGCACAACAUCACUCGAGGCAAGGGCAUGGGUAGUCAUGCCUUCCAUACAAAUUCCAGGAAUGCCCUCAACGUCUCUCAAGCCUGGCGCUGGUCCUUGCCUUACGAAAAUGUGUCUCACCUGCAGAGAAUCUGCCGUCAGACCAUGAAUUUGCUGGGCUACCGCCUCGUCACAUCUGAGCCAGAGCAGAGAAACUUGUCGCUGGAUCUUCUGUCUACCAGGACCCUCUUCCAGCAAUUCUACAGAGAGGGUUGAGGGGGCUCUGUCCCCACAGGGCACCACAUUAACUGAAGGCCAUGUCUGAGCCUUAAUUAUGUCUCUGUCGGUAUACACGUGAGCACAAGUUGUGCCCACACAGUCUCAAAUGGAGAACGCUUUGUGUCUCCACUCAUGUCUAGAAAAGAGACUCAGUAAUCUGAUGUGAGCAGCACACUUCACCACUGAAGGUGGAGCACGGUGUCUCUUCUCUUCUCGGCCUUCCUAUCUAUGUGUACCGUGGAGGCUCUGUGGCCAGGGGCCCUGUUUGGCACCACGCAGUAUCAGUGGAGUAAAUCCAUGAACUUCUCUUUCCACACCUUGCCCAGUGGGAAAGGGAAGAGACAGGAAAAACCAGGGAAAUGGGUCUUCCAGCAAAGAGCCCACCAGUACUUUCCACGGGGAUGUAAACUCUAAGCCCUCAGAGCUCCCAGUGGAUUCAAAAAGGGAAUGGGGAACAGGGUUGGAUGUUUGCCCGUGAGUUUGACCAUUACAGCUAUCCAUUAUCACAAAUACAAAACCAAAUCUCUGUACAACACAGCACGUUCUGAAGUUCAUGGAAUGGCUGGGCCCGAUUUGGAUGUCAUUUCCCCUCAGUGCUUUCCUCACACACAGAGGAUUUUGACCUGUGAAGCUGCCAUCUCUUAACAUUAAAAUUCCAAAAUAAGAAUCUGUUUGAAGUGUCCCCUUUUAUGCUUUUUUUUUUUUUUA